UGGGUAGGAGAGCAACUAGGCAGUCGGAAGUCAGAAGCCCUGCAGUGACAUAGAGAUUGACCCCUCUGAAGACCCCCUGCCCCUCUCUGCCACCAACCCCGCUCCCAGAAGUCACUCCUUCCCUGUGGACUUGCACUUUCCAGCCCGAUGUCUAGCGGCAAGUUAUGGCCCAGCAGUACCCCAGCCUCUCUGGUGUCUGUCGAAGAAUUGGAGAACCCAAAGUUCAUCGGUGCAGGCAGGUUCGGGGUGGUGUUCCGGGCGCGACACAGGACGUGGGGUUUAGAUGUGGCUGUCAAGAUCUUGAAGGGGAAGGCGAUAUCCAAGGAGAUGAAAGCCAUGGCAAGUCUGCGUAACCAGCACAUACUGCUCCUGCUGGGGGUCACCCAGGAGCUCCAGUGGGAAUCCACCUGUGGGCCAGCUCUGGUGACUCAGUUCAUGGAAAAUGGUUCCGUGGCAGGGCUGCUGCAGCCCCACUUUCCUCGGCCCUGGCCUUUCCUCUGCCGCCUGCUGCAGGAGUUGGUACUGGGGAUGUGUUAUCUGCACAGCCAGAACCCCGUGCUCCUACACCGGGACCUCAAGCCCUCCAACGUUCUGCUGGACUCAGACCUGCACGCCAAGCUGGCAGAUUUUGGCCUGUCCACAUUUCAGAGAGGCUCAAGGUCAGGGGCUGACUCCCCAGAGCCAGCCUACUUGGCCCCUGAACUGUUGUCUGAUGUAAACCGAAAGGCCUCCAUGGCUAGUGAUGUCUACAGCUUCGGGAUCCUAAUGUGGGCAGUGCUAGCUGGAAGAGAAGCUGAAACAGUGUCUGGGACAUCACUUGAGCAGGAAGCAGGGUGUGAGAGGCAGAUUCGGCCCCCGCUGACCAAGCUACCCCAACCCAGCGCUGAGACUCCUGGCUUGGCAGGACUGAAGGAGCUAAUGCAACACUGUUGGAGCCAGGAGCCCAAGGACAGGCCCUCCUUCCAAGAAUGCCGACCAAACACCGAGGAAGCCUUCAACCUGGUAAACAAGGAGAUAGAUGCCGCAGUCUCCACAGUGAAGCAAUUCCUGCAUGAAAACCAGGGCAGCAACAGGAUGUCCUCUUCGCCUAAGCCAGGCCCAGAAGGGACAGAAACGGAAGGCCCUAGGGGAACCACAGGAAGCCAUGACAUCAUAGCCACGGAGAUGCUAAACAAACUAAAUCUGAAGGAGUUCCCCAGCUCUGUUCCUAAAAAAUGUACAAACCUUCCCAAGGGGAUCAGGGCACAGGGAGACAAGGUUCAGCCUGCCAAGAUAGCAGGAAUGCCUUUCGAUUCAACAGCCCCAUCUCCCCAGACUCCAGAGACCUCACCUUUAAGAAAUUGGGUACCCAGCGCCAAGUUGGCUUGGACCCCAGGUUCCGGACCUGCAGGGAAUCAGGGGGCUGAGAGACGUAGCACCAACUGGUCUCCCAGGGCACCACAGCCCAAUCCAAUACCAGGUAACCCUGUUACCAUACAUGACAGCCACGCGGUGCAGGUGGGAGACAACAACUACUUGGUUAUACAAGAAGGAACUGCUUUGCCAACGCAAGGCCUGGAGCCCUGGGGCAUGGGUCGAGGCUGGCCGCGUGCCCCACACAAGUAGGUUGGAAAGGAGAGCCACAAGAACCAAGAAGCCUGGAGCAGACUGGUGGCAGGGCCAGUAUGAUGCAACUUCUGAGCUACCUCUUGGAUGUGAGGUAAUUAGCUGAGACUUUCUUUGAAGGCCAACUGAUUUGUGCACAUGGAAGUCAAUAAACAUGAUGGUUUUUUUUUU